CAGGACCCUCCCACUCCUCAGUGCAUCAUGACUGCAGGAAGCUACGGAGCCGGCUUCGGCGUAGGCUUGAGGAUGUGGCUUCUCUGGGUCCUGCUGCUGUCGCUGCUGUCUGCAGUAUCUGGGGAUGCAGACUCCAAGGCUGUCACCACCACCCUCACAACGAAAUGGACAGAUACCCCUCUGCUGCUGGAGGCCAGUGAGUUUCUGGCAGAGGAGAGCCAGGAGAUGUUUUGGGACUUUGUGGAGGCCAAUCAGAACAUAGAAGGAGAGUAUGAUGACACAGACCAGGCCUACUAUGACCUGAUUGUUAAGAAAGCUGGGGUCUUGCUCAGCUCCGUCCAGGUGAACAUGCUCAAGUUCGCCCUCUCCCUGAGAGCCUACUCUUCAACAGUACACUCCUUCCAACAGAUUGCGUCCAAUGAGCCUCCUCCCGUCGGCUGCUCAGCAUUUGUCAGCGUCCAUGGAGAAAAGACGUGUGACGAAGAAAGUUUAGCAGCAUUGCUGAAAACCGCACUUUCGAGGCCAAAGCCAUUCCUUUUCAAAGGCGAUCACAAAUACCCAGGAUCAAAUCCCGAAGCUCCUGUUGUCAUCCUGUACGCAGAGUUAGGGAAACCGGAUUUCCACAGGCUUCAUCAAGUCAUAUCCUCCAAAGUCAACGAAGGCCUGGCGACUUAUGUGCUCCGCCAUUACCUAGCUAAUCCAAGUGUAAAGAAAGUCUAUCUGUCGGGGUACGGAGUGGAGCUGGCCAUCAAAAACCAGGAGUACAAGGCAAAGGACGACACACAAGUCCAAGGGGCGGAGGUGAACGCUACAGUGAUCGGAGAGAAUGAUCCAGUGGACGAGGUCCAGGGAUUCCUUUUUGGCAAACUGAAGACACUUUACCCGGAGCUUAAAGAGCAGUUGAAGGAGUUGAGAAAACAUUUGGUCGAAAGCACCAAUGACAUGGCACCUCUUAAAGUCUGGCAAAUGCAAGAUCUGAGUUUCCAGACAGCAGCUCGCAUUCUUGCCGCUCCGGCUGUUGAUGCCCUCGCCGUUAUGAAAGACCUCAGUCAGAACUUCCCCACCAAAGCCAGAUCCAUCACUAAAACCGUGGUCAGCUCCGAGAUCCGCAAAGAGAUUGGCGAUAACCAAAAGUUUUUCAAAGGAACUCUGGGCCUGCAGCCUGGGGAUUCGGCCCUGUUCAUCAACGGGCUGCAUAUAGAUCUGGACACGCAAGACAUCUUCAGUGUGUUUGAGGUGCUGCGCAGUGAGGCGAGGGUGAUGGAGGGUCUGCGCUCCCUGCACAUCGACACGCCCUACAUCCACGACAUCCUGAAGCUCAACGUUCAGCCCUCUGACUCCGACUACGCUGUGGACAUCCGUAACCCCGCCAUCAGUUGGAUUAACAACUUGGAAACCGACCACAGGUAUAGCUCGUGGCCUUACAACGUGCAGGAGCUGCUCCGACCGACCUUCCCGGGAGUCAUCAGGCAGAUCCGCAAGAACUUCCACAAUCUGGUGGUCAUUCUGGACCCAACUCAGGAGAACGCUGUUGAGCUGCUGAGUGUUGCAGAGAUGUUUUACGCAAACAACAUCCCACUCAGGAUCGGGCUGGUGUUUGUGGUGUCGGAGGAAGAUGACAUCGACGGUAUGCAGGAUGCAGGCGUGGCGCUGGUCCGAGCCUACAACUACAUCAGCGACGAGGUGGACAGUCAGAGCGCAUUUGAAGCCGUCAUCUUGAUGUUUAACCGGGUGGCUAUCGGUGGGAAGUUGAGUGUUGGGGAUGUGGUGAAAGUGCUGGAGAAGAGGUUCCCCUAUGUGGAAGUCAGCAGCGUGCUGGGAGCCGACUCCAGCUACGACAGCAACAGGAAGGAAGGGGUUGCGUACUAUCAGCAGACGGGGGUGGGCCCGCUGCCUGUGGUCAUGUACAACGGCAUACCGUACCAGCGUGAGCAGCUGGAUCCGGACGAACUGGAGACGGUCACCAUGCAGAAGAUCCUGGAGACCACGUCCUUCUACCAGAGAGCCGUCUACCUGGGGGAGCUGGCCUCGGAUCAAGACGUCGUGGACUUCAUCAUGAAUCAGGCCAACGUUGUUCCUCGCAUCAACCCCAGAGUGCUGUCUACCAGCAGAACGUACCUGGAUCUGUCUGAUACCAACAAUUACUUUGUCGACGAUUACGCUCGCUUCUCGACUCUUGACACCCAAGAGAAGAGCACCGCUGUGGCCAACAGCAUGAACUACAUGACUAAGAAAGACGAUGGCUACAUCCGCCCUGUGACCUUCUGGGUGGUCGGAGACUUUGACACGCCCGCAGGACGUCAGCUCCUUUAUGACGCCAUCAGACACAUGAAAACCAGCAACAACGUCAGACUGGGAAUGAUCAACAACCCAUCGGCCGCUCCGUCCGCCGAGACGAGCCGCGUGACCAGAGCCAUCUUGGCCGCCAUGCAGACGCAAUCUGCCAACAACGCCAAGAACUUCAUCACCAAGUUGACGAAAGAAGAGACCGCCACGGCCCUGGAGAAGGGAGUCGACGUCGGGGAGUUUGCUGUUGGGGGUAUGGACGUGCCGUUAUUCAAGGAUGCAUACGAGGGUCCCAAAUUCGACUUCCUGCUCUCUCACGCGGCUUACUGCCGAGACGUGCUCAAACUAAAGAAAGGACAAAUGGCAGUCAUCAGCAACGGAAGAAUUAUUGGUCCGCUGGAGGAAGACGAAGUGUUUAACCAGGAUGACUUCCUGCUUUUGGAGAGCAUCAUCCUGAAAACAUCUGGAGAGCGAAUCAAAAGCAAAGUCCAGCAGUUUGGCAUCGAGGAAGACAGGGCCAGCGACCUUGUAAUGAAGGUGGACUCUCUGCUCUCCUCUCAGCCUAAAGGAGAGGCCCGGGUAGAAUAUGACUUUGCAGAUGACCGAUACAGCGCUGUGAAGAUCCGCCCCAAGGAGGGAGACGUGUACUUUGAUGUGGUUGCCGUGGUAGAUCCCGUAACCAGGGACGCACAGAAACUGGCUCCUCUGCUGUUGGUUCUGACGCAGCUAGUAAACGUCAACUUACGGGUCUUCAUGAACUGCCAAUCCAAACUGUCAGAAAUGCCACUCAAGAGUUUUUACCGUCACGUGUUGGAGCCCGAGGUGACGUUUCAGGCCGACGGUACUUUCUCUCCCGGCCCCAUGGCCAAGUUCCUGGACAUGCCUCAGUCUCCUCUCUUCACCCUGAACCUCAACACUCCCGAGAGCUGGAUGGUGGAGUCUGUGCACACCCGGUACGACCUGGACAACAUCUACCUGGAGGAGGUGGAGAACAUCGUAGCUGCAGAGUACGAGCUGGAGCACCUUUUGUUGGAAGGCCAUUGUUUCGACGUCAGCUCCGGCCAGCCGCCGCGAGGCCUCCAGUUCACCUUGGGAACCGCCUCCGAGCCCGUCCUCGUGGAUACGAUCGUCAUGGCAAACCUGGGGUACUUUCAGCUGAAGGCAAACCCGGGCGCCUGGAUCCUGAAGAUGAGGAAAGGACGCUCUGAUGAAAUCUACAAGAUUUACAGCCACGACGGCACGGACUCUCCAGCAGAGUCUGAUGACAUUGUGGUCGUGCUGAACAACUUCAAGAGCAGGAUCAUUAAAGUCAAGGUCCAGAAGAAACCAGACAAGUUCAACGAGGAGCUGCUGAGUGACGUGAGCGAGGAAAAGGACACUGGCUUCUGGAAAUCUCUGGCCAGAGGGUUCACAGGUGGAGCAAAGACAACGGAGAUCAAGCAGGAGAAGGACGACGUGAUCAACAUCUUCUCUCUGGCCUCGGGGCAUCUGUACGAGCGGUUCAUCAGGAUUAUGAUGCUGUCAGUUCUGAAAAACACCAAAACUCCCGUCAAGUUCUGGUUCCUCAAGAACUACCUGUCCCCGACGUUUAAGGGGUUCAUCCCGCACAUGGCAAAGCAAUAUGGCUUCCAGUAUGAGCUGGUCCAGUACAAGUGGCCCCGCUGGUUACACCAACAGACCGAGAAGCAGAGGAUCAUCUGGGGCUACAAGAUCCUGUUCCUGGAUGUGCUGUUUCCUCUCGCUGUCGACAAGAUCCUGUUUGUGGACGCUGACCAGAUUGUGCGAACGGACCUGAAGGAGCUGCGUGACUUCGACCUGGAGGGAGCGCCGUACGGUUACACGCCGUUCUGCGAGAGCCGGAGGGAGAUGGACGGCUACCGCUUCUGGAAGUCCGGCUACUGGGCGAGCCACCUCGCUGGACGCAAAUACCACAUCAGCGCCCUGUAUGUGGUCGACCUGAAGAAGUUCAGGAAAAUAGCUGCCGGAGAUCGACUGAGAGGACAGUACCAGGGGCUCAGCCAGGACCCCAACAGCCUUUCAAACCUUGACCAGGAUCUGCCCAACAACAUGAUCCACCAGGUGCCCAUCAAGUCUCUGCCUCAGGAGUGGCUGUGGUGUGAGACGUGGUGUGAUGACGGCACCAAGAGGAGCGCCAAGACGAUAGACCUGUGCAACAACCCCAAGACCAAAGAGCCCAAGCUGCAGGCGGCGGUGAGGAUCGUGGCCGAGUGGGCCGACUACGACCAGGAGAUUAAACGUCUGCAGACCAAAGUCAAGGAGAGAAUAAACAACACAAACGAACAGCAGGACACAGAUGUUCACACGGAGUUGUGAGGAUCCUGCAGUGAUGAGGUGGUGAACUGGGCUCUGUUUAAAGAGUUUAAAGAGGUUCCUCUCCUGCCUUGGCCGACUGCUGACAGACUGACCACAAACCAGUGCUCAAUGGUUGAGCCGGUUUUUAAUUUUUUGUUCUUUUUCUAACAUGUGAAGAGGAGUCAAGGUGGUCAGGUUUCAGAGGUUUUUCUGUACGUGUGUGUAUGUGUGUGUGUGUGUGUGCAAGUGAUGAGAAUGUAUUUUAUGACUCGAAUCAUGAAUAUAUACUCUAUCACCCCCCCCUCCAGUAUAGUUGUAUUUCCCCUGUAAUAAAUGUCCGUCUGUAAGUGCGCACUAAUUGGGGUUCUGGUGGCUUGUGGGGAGAAGAAAGGAAAUCUCACUGCUGGUUAACUUGGGUUUUGAUCGUGUUGUUGGGAGAAAACUAAAGUUACUCGGCCUUCCUCUAAAUUGGUUAAGGGUACAAUUAGUUAAAAUUAAUUUUCACACCUUAAUACUAGAGCUGGGAAAUAUGUUUGAAGUCAAUAUUGUGACAUUAUUAAGUUGGUGGUGUAAUUGUAUCCUCAUAGAAAAUGAAUGCUAACUUACUUAAAAUUAAGUAUGAUCUUCUAUUCAUCACAUCAGGAAACAGGAAACAUUUUUUACCCUGAACUUUGAAUUGAGAGGCCCAAUUUAGUAAAAUAUUACACUUUUGUUCAGCCCUUAAAAAGUACUAGGUAAGUCUUGAAUAUCAACAUAUACUGUACAAAUUAUUAUGUACAGUGGUGGAUCCACUCAUCUUUUUAAGAAUCACCUCAAACUGUCUGGGUGGUUAGUUAAACUUCACAACACUUAAAGGGAACGUGUAUGGAAUUUAGAAAUGAGUGGUCUCACCUUCCGUUAGGUUUACACUCAUCUGACAUGAAAAUGAAGUAAAAAAAUAAAUAAAAUAUCAGCAGGCUUGAUUGAAUCCCUAGUUUUUUUGUGGAUAGUAAAUGUCACUAACUUUCAGGGAAAGAUGUCUGAAGCUUGUGUUGGUUGCAACAUAAAAUACAAAUGAGAAGACAUGGGAGAGUUUUUGGUACUGGGGGGGGGAGCCAUGUCAGAGUUCAGCUGAAACAUAUUUACAUUCAUGUUUCUAUGGAUUUGUCAGGAUCAUCCUGUAUAAUUUUUUGUGAAAUAAAGAUCCCCAAUUAAUGAUC